AUGAUUUCCAGAUGUGUAAACUGCAGCCUCCCUCUGUUCUCUGACUGUAGCCCUGCCAACAUACAUCUGCAGAUUGCCAGUGCGCAGGAAACACGAAAGAGUAUCUUUCACAACAUCUGCUCUCUUUCUCUCGUUCUCUCCCUUUGUCCUCUCAGGCUGCCCCAUAUUUCAUCUCCCCCACCUCUGCCCUUAAAUAAAUUCAUUGAGGAAUCACCGCACAGCUCUCCUUCUCCCACAGAUGCCAGCUCAUCUGUCCUCAUCUCCCCAUCCCUCCAGCCCCCUCCAAGUCUGUUCUCUCUCUGGACACUUGACCACAGCACCACCAGACUCAUUAAAGAAGCAUAUCAGACUUGCGGAGGAAGAAGAGAACUGAGUUUUCUCCAUGGGGCUGGUGCCAGUCCACAAGCUGUAAGGAGCAUGGCUUCUAUGUUCAAGGUCACCUCACCAUCAAGAGAUGGCUGUCGGAGCUCUAUCCAUCACUUCUGCCUUAUAGACAUCAGGAAGAAGGAAAGCAGGAUGGAUUCUUUACCACUGAGCCACCUGGGAAGUCCCACCUUGCCCAAGAUCAUACCGCUUAAUCAGUGA